AAAAACACGUAUUAUGAGCCCUUAGAUAAAUAUUAAAGGAAUGUGAUACUAAAGGAAAUAACAAUAAUAUAAUCUAAACUCACACUGGAUGUCACACUGUAAAUCUCUACAACUGUGCAGGGAAAAUUGCUUUCACUUUGGAAACAGAGAUGGGCAGGCCAUGGGACACAAAGAUAAGAGAGAGAAGAAAAAAAGACGGCUGCUCUCACAGCCAGUCCAAGAAGCCAAAAGAAAAAAAAAAGAGCAAGGGUCCAGGAGGAGAUUUGCAUGGCACCCUCUCCCCGGACUCAGAGAGGUCCAGGUUUACAGACGUCACUGGUCGAGGAUCUUUGUUUUCUCUCCACCUCUCGGUGGAGGAAUACAAGUUUAUCAUCCAGCCAGGGACGGGACGGUCUCCUCUGCCGCUCCUCUUUCUUCCAUCUGUCGGCUUCGCACUGGGCUAUUUCUCCUGUAUGGUGGAUAUCCUGCUCAACACUUCUUUCUUGGAUGAUAUGGGGGAUCAUUCAAAAAAGAAGUCGGGAAUCGCAAUGUGUGUGGGCUGUGGAAGUCAGAUACACGACCAGUACAUCCUGAGAGUCUCCCCGGACCUGGAGUGGCAUGCAGCCUGCCUCAAGUGUGCAGAGUGCAGCCAGUACCUGGACGAGACCUGCACUUGCUUCGUCCGAGACGGAAAGACGUACUGUAAGAGAGAUUAUGCAAGGUUAUUUGGCAUCAAAUGCGCAAAGUGCAACAUGGGCUUCUGCAGCAGCGACCUGGUGAUGAGAGCCCGGGACAACGUAUAUCACAUGGAGUGCUUUCGGUGCUCGGUGUGCAGUCGACACCUCCUGCCCGGGGACGAGUUCUCCCUGCGGGACGACGAGCUGCUGUGUCGGGCGGAUCACGGUUUGCUGGUGGAGCGGGCCUCUGCGGGGAGCCCGCUCAGCCCGGGGAACAUUCACACCAGACCGCUGCACAUCUCAGACCCGGUUUCGGUCCGGCACCCUCCUCAUCACCGGAACCACGUCCAUAAGCAGUCGGAGAAGACCACCCGGGUCCGGACGGUGCUGAACGAGAAGCAGCUCCACACCCUGCGGACCUGCUACAACGCCAACCCGAGACCGGACGCUCUGAUGAAGGAGCAGCUGGUGGAGAUGACGGGCCUCAGCCCCAGGGUGAUCCGCGUCUGGUUUCAGAACAAGCGCUGCAAAGACAAGAAGAAGUCCAUCCUGAUGAAGCAGCUCCAGCAGCAGCACAACAGCGACAAAACCAAUCUGCAGGGGAUGACGGGCACACCUCUGGUGGCAGGCAGUCCCAUCCGGCACGACAACACCGUGCAGGGGAAUCCCGUGGAGGUGCAGACCUACCAGCCACCUUGGAAAACCCUCAGCGACUUCGCCCUGCAGAGCGACCUGGACCAGCCGGCCUUCCAACAACUGGUGUCUUUCUCUGAGUCGGGCUCUCUGGGUAACUCCUCGGGCAGCGACGUCACUUCUCUGUCAUCGCAGUUACCGGACACACCGAAUAGUAUGGUACCGAGUCCCGUGGACACGUGAGGAGGACCCCGGAGGUCAGCCUGGGACCUGGACCCUCACCACCCCAUCCACCACCCCUAACCCACCUCACCCUCCACGAGAGCGCAAAAAAUUAAAUAAUUAAAAAAUAAAUAAAAACACCUCAGUGACAUUCAAUCAGGAAAAACAACUAAAGGGACCAGGAUGGAUUAUGCUCGAGGAUGCAUUCAAGUCCCCGCUGGAGGAUCGGAAGUCUUGACUGUUCACCCUUUACAUCGUGUCUUGCUCAAGGACACUUCGGCACGCAGCUGCUGAUGGACAUCAUCUUGGUGGCGCGGGGGGAGGGGGGGGUCUCUUCCCUUUUGUACCAUGAUGCCGCGGUGCCAGAACUGGACAUAACGUGGGGGGAACACGUUGCGGGAUUCAAACACGUCAGCCUGUUACUGGAUGUCAGAGCGUUAAUACUUAACAGUAUGUUUAUCAGGAAAAUACAAACUGUGUAGAUGUGCAUGAUUUGUAAGUUUCAAUAUCGACUCUUGUAAAUUAAUGAAAAAGAUGAGAGAGAGAGAGAGAUGCGCGCUGUUGGCGUUGUUUUCUCCAGAAAAUAAGUUAUUAUUAUUUAUUAUGAGGACAGACAUAGCCGAACUUAUCAAUAAAAACCAUAGUUCUAACUGAA